UCUGGCGUCAGAGACCCGGGAGGGAGGAGACGAGGGCGGGGCGGGGCGCGCGAUCUUGGAUCUCCUUUUAGCAACAAGGAAGAAUAAGAAGAAAGCGAGAAUUGUUCGGGCUCGCGCGGUCGCUUCCAGGCGUAACAGCAUUUGGAGAUGGCGCUGGUGAAAAGUGGAUGGCUGCUCCGGCAAAGUACUAUAUUAAGGCGUUGGAAGAAGAACUGGUUUGAUCUGUGGGCUCAUGGCCAUUUGUUAUUUUAUGAUGACCAACAUCGGCAGGAGCUGGAGGAUCGAAUUCACAUGAAAGUUGACUGCAUCAACGUCAGAGUGGGAAAUGAAUGCCGAGGUUUCCAGCCUCCAGAGGGGAAGCCUAGGGAUUGCUUGCUGCAGAUCAUUUGCCGUGAUGGGAAAGUGCUCAACCUCUGUGCAGAAAGUGCUGAUGACUGCUUAGCUUGGAAAAUUGCUCUGCAGGAUGCCAGAACAAAUGGGGCCUAUAUCGGUUCGGAAGUGAUGUAUGAUGACAAUACAAUUUCCUCGUCUCCUCCUCCGUACACGGCUUAUGCAACACCAUCACCUGAGGUUUAUGGCUACCCACAGUACAAUGGCGCAUAUCCACCUCCCGGGGCUCAGGUCUUCUUUACUUCUAAUGGACAGACGUAUGCAAUCCCUUAUCAAUAUCCAAACCAAGGUCCUUAUGGCCACCCUCCUGCGAAUCAUGUCAUCAUUCGAGAGCGCUACCGGGAUAAUGAUGGGGACCUGGCGCUUGGCAUGCUUGCUGGAGCAGCAACAGGAAUGGCCCUGGGCUCGUUGUUCUGGGUGUUCUAGUCUCCCUCUGGAGCCACAAAGCGAAGGGAGACCUGAAGUCUUCUGUGUGCAAUAAUAUGUAUUUGCAAAGUACUUCCGUUGAAUCUACAAUUUUUUUCAAUAGGUUCUAGUAAUACUUUUUUGCUGGUGACAGGCAGAUUGUAGUUAACAAAAAUUCCCAACUGUCCCAAAGGUGCCCUUUAGUUGAAAAGCGGUUAGCAUAAUGGCUCGUGGUCAGAUGAGUUUGUGAUUCUAUGCAUUGAUAAGUAGGUAGCAGUAAUAUCAAUGAAGUGUUACUAAUGAUGGCUAAAUGGCCACAGUUGACUCAUUUUUACAGUCAAAUAUUAACCAUCUUGUUAAAAUUACUUCAGUUACUGCUUCAGAAUGCUAACUGGGAAAGCAAGGGAGCACAAAAGUGGGUAUUUCUGAAUCCAGGGGAUUUUGAAUCCGAUAUUUUUCUUAGCACUCCUAGGAGACGAAGAUGAUGAUUCAGUAGCCACGCCAUGGGAUUCAUUGAAUGUUUUCUUGUAUUCAAGGGAGAGCUCUGGCAUUUCAGUAGCUUGACAAGGAUUGCACACUUACUGUACAAGUCCUUCCCAAGGCUUAACCAGGGACGGGGAACCUUUGGCUCUUGAGAUACUGUUGGACUACAACUCCCAUCAUCCUUGAUCAGUGGCUAUGCUGGCAGGAGUUGGGAGUUCAACAAAAUAUGGAGAGCUCAGAUUCCCUCUCCCUCGUCUAAGCAAUACAAAAACCUGACAUUUCUUUUAGAAAGGAGUUUGGAUUACCAUGCAAACAAUUCCAGUGUCCUAGAAACCGCAACCUCAUUUACAUCCUAGUAACAGUUCCUUGGGGUAACAGUGGCUGGAAAGGAAGUUUAACAUGCGGACAUCAGGCCUCCGGAACGUUUGCUAAGGCAGAUAGAAAGAUAGUUGGCAAGGAUAGUUCAGCCUGGGUGUGAAAACCCUACCCAGUUCUUAAUUAAUAGAUAGUAGGAGGUGUUGUGAUCAUACCGAGGAUAAAUGUGUUCAAAGUCUAACUUACUGGUUUAGGUAUAUGGGAACCUUUUGAAUCUGUAUUGAGAUUUAUACAAAGUAAUUAUGCUCUCUUACCUGCAACUACAAACUAUUUUUAACAAGGGCUUCUACUUUCCAGACACGCUACAGAGAUACCUCUGUUUUGGUUGCACGCUCCAGUCUUGUAUGUGCUUCUCCUUCUGCAGCUAAAUUACCUGCUUUAAAGACUUAAGACCCAUACUUCUGUGAGAGGACAAAGAAAUGAGCAAGUAUUCCCACCCGGAAAUUAUUUUCAGCAGUGUAGGUUAAUAAAAAGAAAGGCACACCUAUUUUUAUCCAUCGGUUGCUUGUGCAUCCUGUUAAAAUCUGAGAUCUACACAAGACUCUUCCAAGUGUCUAUAGGCUGUGCUGUGUUCUUUGGUGAACCUGCAAGCUUUGAACAGCAGCAAGCAAAGGGGACUUGGGUUGUGCCCCCUGCCGUAAUGACAAGCCCUAGCCGAAUGCAUUCCAUUCCUAUUUAAAUGGGAUAACUGAAUUGUGAGUGAGGCAAAGGCAAGGUAGCGGUACUGGAAGUCUUAAUAUUGGUCUUGCACACCUUGUAUGCCAGUGUUUGCCUUGGGUGUGUCUAUGCAACUGCUGUUGAAAUGCAACAGGGGGACCUCAUUGCAUCCAGCAGUUGUUGGAUUUGAAAGUGUGGCUUUUUAAAAACCCUGUCAGCAGUCUAGGACAUUUCAAAAGACAGAACUGUGAACUGAAGAAUGUGUGAACUGAAGAUGCUUUAUUUAAUAGGUCUGCAGUCUCUUAUUUAAUACCCAUGCAAGUAUGUUGGAAGCCUUGUAAGUUACUAAGAAACCGAUAAUACACUAAAAGCAGCACUAGCUUCUGCUCUGAUUUUGUAAUUUAUCUAGUGUAAUUUUAAGACCAUCUCUUCUGUGCUAUUAUGUGUACUGUACAGAACUGUAGAACUUCCAGAAAACUCCUUUCUUUGUAUUUGUUACUUUGUGAGGAGAGAAGAAAAUAAAUGUAGUCUUCGAACUUUUGGCAAGUCA